CCGCUUCCGGUGGCUCUGCGGGAUGGCGUCGCGGCAGCCCCUGAGAGUGCUGUGCCUGGCGGGCUUCCGGCAGAGCGAACGGGGCUUCCGUGAGAAGACUGGAGCGCUGAGGAAGGCGCUGCGGGGCCGCGCAGAGCUCGUGUGCCUCAGCGGGCCACAUCCGGUCCCCGAGGCAGCAGCUCCCGAGGGCGCCAGGCCAGACUCCGGGCCCUGUGCUCCGGAGGAGCAGCCUCGAGGCUGGUGGUUUUCCGAACAGGAAGCAGAUGUUUUCUCCGCACUGGAAGAGCCUGCGGCGUGCAGGGGUUUGGAGGCGGCCCUGGAAACGGUGGCAAAAGCCCUGGACUCGCUAGGGCCUUUUGACGGACUUCUUGGCUUCAGCCAGGGGGCUGCACUAGCCGCUUUUGUUUGUGCCCUGGGUCAGGCAGGCGAUCCCCGCUUCCCCUUGCCGCGAUUUAUCAUACUUGUGUCGGGGUUCUGCCCCCGAGGCCUUGGCCUUAAGGAAUCCAUCCUACAGAGCCCCUUGUCACUACCUUCGCUUCAUGUUUUUGGGGACACUGAUCGAGUCAUCCCUUCUCAGGAGAGUAUGCAAUUGGCUAGCCGAUUUCUUGGGGCUGUCACCCUCACCCACUCUGGCGGACACUUCAUCCCAGCAGCUGCAUCCCAGCGUCAGGCCUACCUCAAAUUCUUGGACCAGUUUGCAGAGUGAAGGGCCAGCAAAUGUCUCCAAACUGCACCCACUUGCUCUAGCAGCCUCUGUCUUUUGCCCUCCUGUUCUUAGCAUGCUGGAAUCUCCACCGUGGCACUCCUACCGUGCUUAGUUGAAAGACAGUUGCCCCUUACUGGAGCAAAGAGGAGCAGGUAGCCUUGUUAAACAUCAGAAGGCCCGUGAGAGGAGAGUGAUGCUCAAACGGGUUGGCACCCCAAUGAUUGCCACACAAUAAAGUGGUUUAGAUUGAGGAUUUUGGGGAAAGAGGACACUUUACAAGGCUCUGACUGGGUCACCUGCUUCCUAGAACCCAGUACCUGAGAACUGAGUGUUGGUUUUCUUUUGGUCCCUGGCCCUGUUCUUCCACAACUGCCCCAUCCCUUCUGAACUCUGAGCUUGAAGGCUUGGAUUGUACCAGGUGUUGCAGAGGCCAAAGACAGCACAGAAUAAACUGCCCUUUCCUAAGGAGCCCA